AUGGCGUCGAAUUCUAUCAAGCUUUUGACCGGCAACAGCCAUCCGGAGCUGGCCAAUUUGGUCGCAGAUAGGCUCGGAAUUGAAUUGACCAAGAUUAUGGUUCUACAAUACUCGAACCAGGAAACGAGCGUAACGAUCGGAGAGAGUGUCCGAGAUGAGGACGUAUUCAUCUUGCAGUCGACCCGACCGAACGAUAUCAACGACGGAUUAAUGGAACUUCUUAUCAUGAUCAAUGCCUGCAAGACCGCUUCUGCGCGACGCAUUACUGCUGUUAUUCCAAACUUCCCCUACGCCCGCCAGGACAAGAAAGACAAGAGUCGUGCGCCAAUUACAGCCAAACUCAUGGCGAAUAUGCUGCAGACGGCUGGCUGCAACCAUGUUAUCACCAUGGAUCUCCAUGCCAGCCAGAUCCAGGGCUUUUUUAACGUUCCCGUUGACAACCUGUAUGCGGAGCCUAGUAUGCUCAAGUGGAUCCGGGAGAAUCUUGAUGUGAGCAACUGUGUGAUCGUGAGUCCCGAUGCUGGUGGUGCCAAACGAGCGACUGCCAUCGCCGACCGGUUGGAUCUACAAUUUGCAUUGAUCCAUAAGGAGCGUCCACGUCCGAACGAAGUCUCACGCAUGGUCCUUGUUGGUAGCGUGAAAGAUAAGGUGGCUAUCAUCGUUGAUGAUAUGGCCGAUACUUGCGGAACCCUCGUCAAGGCAGCCGAUACAGUUAUGCAGCACGGUGCUAGGGAAGUCAACGCAAUCGUCGUACACGGUAUCCUCUCCGGUAAAGCCAUUGACAAUGUGAACAACAGCUGCCUGAAGCGGAUAGUUGUGACCAACACCGUCCCCCACCAAGAGAAGAAGGAAGUUUGCGACAAGAUUGAGACCAUAGAUAUCAGCCCGACACUUGCAGAGGCUUGCCGCCGUACGCACAACGGCGAGUCUGUGAGUUUCCUAUUUUCUCACACGGUUGCCUAA